CCAUCAUCCAAAUCUUCCAAAACCCACAUCCACAUACAUCUAAAACUUCACAAAACCCACCACAAACUACACUCUGCCUACCAAUACUACCACUUCCUCUGGUCGCGAGUACAACAAAGCACAUAUCAAUCUUCGUCCUCAACUAAAGGCCUGAGGAAGGUCACAACUCUAUCCCAGAAGACUCUCAGAGUCAACAAGUACUGAGCAGCCCUACGAUCUCAAUUUGCCCGGCCUAACGGCUUGCGCUGCGUGAGUUUCGGAACCCAGGUGUGCUUAAUUGCAUUACUUUCAAUCGACGACUUUCCGGACUCUUCAAGCAUUCAAGAUGCUGUCCAAUCCUACCAACAACCUUCACAGCCGACAACGACAACACCGACGCCAACAAUCGACACCAAAUGCAUUCGAGCCAGUGAAGGCCACCAACCUGCCCAACAUCCAGAGACACAACUCCCAUCGCCGGGGGAUGAGCUUGGAUCAACGACGACGACGAACACCACCGCAGGAAUACAUGGUAAGUAAUACUAACCCAGGAUAUCAAACGACACAACCACAGCAUAUUUUGCGAGAAACGCAGCAGCAAAGACUGGCACGCCCGGGCCAACACCAGUUUGCGCAAUUCGACAAUGACGAGAAUUACCUCAAUUCGCCCGCCGUCACCCCUCAGAGACAAUCAUUUGAUGCCGGAUGUACGAACCAGUACGGAGACAGGAUUUCGCAGUCUCAAUUUCAAUUUCCCGGACCUAUCAAUACGAUAAUCAACGUCGAUCCCAACAACAACAACUACAAUGGGAACCAAGACUUCAAUUUAUACCAGACGGAAACUGUCCUGACUCCGUCCGCCUACCUGGAUUUUUCGGCUGGCUUCGAGAACAGCAGCCAAGGAACAAAUAGCCGGAGUCACAGCAGGAGGAGCUCAGCAGGCAGGAGGAUUAGUGGUGGCAUAAUGGAUCGAGUUGCACGGUUCGAGCACCUCGCUCUACAAUCGCCAUGCCGCCCAACCACCCCUCCAAAUCAGAACGUUUCGAAUUACUUUCCCCCAACACCUGUGGAUACUCCACAAGAUCAUAUGAUAAAGCAGGAACAGAUGAACCAGAGAUUUCUCGAUACCUACGACACGUCAAUGGAGGAGACAAUCAAGCCAAGGAGUAACCAGAGAGCGAGAGGCGUUUUCGACGAUAUGAGGAAAGCGGCAGAUAUGGCUUACAUGCCGACUCCUCCUCGAACAGGACCGCUGCCUACUUCAAGCAAUUUCGAUUCGGCUCCGAUGCCAACGGCCGAUUUCAUGAAUGUGUCCAAUAUGAACAUUCAUUUCAUGAAAAACGAGCCUCUCGACAGCCCGCAAUACUCUCCACACUCCAACAACUUGUCCUUCCGAUCUUCCCAGAACUCAUCUCCAGAAGUAUCUCAAAGCGCCAUGUUUGACCCUUUCGUCAACAAGCCAGAACUUGAAGCUCCUGACAUGUCUUACCAAGAAUCUUCAAACCACGGUCAUCCAAUGUCGUCAUCAACAUCGCAUCAAUCCCAUCACUCGUCUCACAGAAGAUCAGAAUCUGUGUGCAGCAUCAACCUUGAUGAAUCGAUCACUGACACUGGAAUAACCAUCGAUGACAUUGCAACAUUCAUCCAAGGACCGGACCCAUCGGACGGGAAAUGGAUCUGUCUUUACCCAGAAUGUAACAAGCGAUUCGGCCGCAAGGAAAACAUCAAAUCUCACGUGCAGACCCAUCUCGGAGACAGACAAUUCCAGUGUCCGCACUGCCAGAAAUGCUUCGUACGCCAACACGACCUGAAGCGCCAUGCCAAGAUCCAUAGCGGUGUCAAGCCGUAUCCAUGCCAAUGCGGAAACAGCUUCGCCAGACAUGACGCUCUCACUAGACACAGACAACGCGGAAUGUGCAUCGGUGCAUUUGAAGGUGUUGUAAAGAAGACCGUCAAGCGUGGCAGACCCCGCAAGAAUCGACCAGACAACGAAGAGCGCGUCAAGAAAUCUUCCCGAACUCGCAGCAAGAACAAGGCUAUGUCUUCAACAUCCUCGACCUCAGGAUCCGACAGCCGCGGUGAUCAGUCUCCUCGCAGUGAGCUUGACGUCCUAGACGACAAGCCAUUCGGAGACUUCGAUUACCCCCAGCAAAGUCAGAGCCAAAGCCAAAAUCAGUACAGCCAGCAAUCAUCCGUGAUGGACAACGCCAACUUCGAGUACUCACAACCCCGCUCUCCCACACCCGCAAACUGCGUCUCUCCCCAAGCAAUCCAAUCCAUCCACUCCCCUUCAGCCUAUAGCACCCACUCGCAGCACUCCCACCGCGGCUCGACCCCCCAAAGCGUACACCACCAAUCCCACCCCACCUCCCCAGCCAAGAGCAUCCACAGCUACCACUCUCCCCCCGGCCUCUGCGAAUCCUCCUCCAGCCCAGCAGCCAGCAUCUACUACGACAUGGACAACGCCUCCCAACACAACGGUGACGGCGUACACAUGUCUCUGAACCUGAACGGGCUCGCCAACAUCUCAGAACACGACGACGAGAUGUUCCUCGAGGCAUUUGCUGCCGCGGCGGCUAGUCAUCACUCGGGUGAUAUGUCGGCGCUGGAGCGGGAGCCGGAUCUACUGAUGGGGAAGUUUGAGGAUGCGUUUGCGGCGCAUGAUGCGGAUGAUUUGUUCCGGAAUGGUGAGGAUGUGUUCUUCGGGAGUCCGUAGGGAUUACCCGUUCCCCUCAUUGUUCUUUUGGAAUGAAUUUGAUGUGAUGCGAGGUAUGUGCUUGUACGAUGAUAGUGUUAUGUGUUGUCUUGUGUUGUGAUGGGAAGGAGUGGAUCUCUUGUGCAGGGUGAAAGGUAAGUAGCGAAGAUGUGUCUUCGAACCCCUUGAUGGGGUUUGUUCCCUUCGCUACUUCCCCCACCCUGCAUAAGCGUUCCAAGCGGGGGAUGGGUAGGUAGAUGUAGUGCUUGAUGUAUGAUACAGCUGGAAAGUUUGGAUUGCCAUAUCAUGGGAAUCCUGGUUUUGCGCUUUUGACAAUGGUUGGAUAUGUGGCUGGGCGGCUGUUUCUAGACAGCCCUUGCUUUUUCGGAUUUCAGUACUUGUUUGCGUGUUUGCUUGCUUGGUUCAUGUUUUGGUUCCCCUCUCAUUCGAUCGAUCUCUCUUCAGUCUCUAGAUCGACUUGGAUGCGAGAUGGAAAUAAACCUACGUGCGUGUAUGAAAUAAUGGAAGGAUUGCGUUUGGAAAAUUUGUGUUGUUUGCGAUGGCAGGAAGUUAGGAAAAUUUUCAUAUGGACUGGAUGGGAUUGGAUCUGGGAUGAAUAAAUGGAUUGGGAUAUGAUAUGAUAUGUUGUUUCAUGGGUUUUUGUCUUUCUUUAGGACUAGGUGGUCUGUCUCUGUCUGACUGCAAAGAAAUGUUAUAUGAUCGGUACGGUCUUUACCUCAUCUCAAUUCAGAGACUUGUAUGGAGUCGUUGAGAUGUGUUGAAAUGUGAUGUGAAUUAAUAUGAUGUGAUGGUUGUAUUGUUUAAUUGAUUGAGAGAUGAAGGUGAGCAGUGAUGUGAGGUAGAUGGACAGUAUGUUGCGGCUUUGAUGAGUGCGGGUUUGAAGAAGAU